AUUAAAUAUGGACUUUAUAGUCUUCAAAUUUCAUCACGAUCAUAAAGAGAAACAAAUUCUGAUUCGGAGAGAUGAUGUCACUCUAGGGUACCUGAGACUUCAGACUAGGAAAGUCUUCAAGCUCCCUAAAUAAUUUCAGAUUUGCUUUAUCUUAUGAGCUUAUUAAGCCAGGGCAUGAGAAUGAUGAGCCUCCGAAUAGGCAUUAUUAUUGUUCAAGACCGGAUGAGAGACCAGAUAAACUUUUAAUGAAUGAUCAGCAAUUGGCAAAAAUCAGGACUGGACGCCGUAAAUAACCACAAUGAUACUGCUGUUAGAAUCAUAGUGCACACGUCUCCCAAUAUAGUUGGUCAGUAUUACCAACAAGCAUCCCCCAUAAAGUCAAAAUCAAUACAAAAUCUACAUCAAAAAGGUAUCAGCAAGUCACCUCAAGAAAAGCGUAACUACCGUUCUAUCUCAACGCGAUCCAAGAAAGCAAAGAACAAGGAUGCUAGAAUAGUAAAGAUAAGGGCUGACAACACGUAUGACUACAACCUACCGCCACCUGUCUGGGAGAUCUUCUUAAAAUCAGUCCUAAACAAUCCUCAAAAUAUCGAUAAACUAAAAAUGAUUUAUAAGAAUAAUUCAAAUGAUCCAAAGAAAAAGUACAAUAUAUCAGACUAUAUCAACCCAGUAGAUCUCAUUGUGAGGAAAAUGGAAAAUGAACUAGGCAUCCAAGGAAGAGAAGUUAAGGUGACUAAGCCUCCAUCAAAGGAAUACUGCACUUGAGACCACUAUGAUUCAGACAAAGGAUCCAAUGCAGCAAUCUCUGUUAUCAAUCAUAGAAGAGAGCGACUCAGCCUUGAUUCUAGGAAGUCCCCUGAUAAUACACAGAAAGAAAAGCCAAGUCCAUCGAAGAUCAAAGAAAUUGAAAGGAAGUUCCUUGAUGUAGGAUACGACUCUGAUGAUGUAUUUGCCAACAAUCCGAGCACUUUGAUGGGAGCUAAGUAUAAAGUUGUAAGAAAGUUCGAGAAAAUUAAGGAAGAACCUCCUAAACCAGUUCCUCCUUCACCACCACCACCUCCCAAAGAUGAUAUAUGCCCUGAUUGUAAAAAGCCGAAGCUGAUCGAUGCAAUUAGCCAUUAUGACACAAUUCAGUCAAAAAUAAAUGGAACUCUUUCAAUCAAUUCAGAUGCGCUUCAAAGCCCAAAUUUCAGAAGAGGGAAAGACACUGAUUCAGAUACUCCACUUGAAAAAUCUUUAGCAGAAAGAACACAUAGUGUCAGAGAACCCAAGAAAGUAAUCCGAAAGAAACGUAGGAAAAGGAAGAAAAAGAGCCAGAUGAGCAAAGCAAGCCUCCUCUCAACACCUAGACAAUGUAUGAGGCAUUGCUGUAUAGCUAAAAGAAUAGCCGAAGACGCUAUUAGCAGCCAAAGGAGUAAAAGUUCUCUAUGAAAAUCUCCUCAAAAAUUUAAUUUCUCUUCUAAAGCAAUGAUAAAAUCUCUCAACAAAAACAAGCUCCACAAAAAGGCCAAAAUCCAGACAAACACAACCUUCGACCACCACCACGCUCGGACCGAAAACGCAUCUCUCCUCAAAGAAGAACCCACUAUUCCCAGCCUGCACCACAACCCCCAUCCCAAGCCCCUCAACGAAGACCCUAGCCUCACCUACCAACAAAAGGGUCAUUCUAAACAAAAGCUCCGUUUUAACCUUAUCCACAACCAACAGAGACUGAACCAGUCUCAAGAGAACACAGUGCCUUCAAAACAGAUCAAAGGCCUGAACACCACUCUGAAAAGCCGAAUUAAGAUCUCUAAUAGGAGAAAUGUGAGGAGAGAAAAUGGGAAAGUUGAGGAAGUAGGGAAGAGAGGGAGGAAGGCGAGUAUGGUAUCGAAUGGAGUGAGUAGAAGGAAGUAUAAGAAAACAUCUCCGAAAUUGCUCCCAGAGGAGUUUACUGAUAAGGGAGGUCAUCAUCAGACUUAUAGUGUUAAGCAAACGAAGAAUAGGGAAGGAAAGAAGAUUAAACAUCUUGGAAAAUCUUCGACUUUUCAUAUGCCUCAGCAAGAUUUGUCUAAUAAUCUGUCGAAUAGUAAUAUUGAGUACUCGAAUUAUCAUCAAACUAUCCAUCCUAAAUCAGAUAUGCCCAAAUUUAUCAGGAAUGGUUAUCGUAAGAAUGGAUUUAAAUCAACGAAUCCUCAAGGAACUCGCUUGCCCCUUGUAAAAAAUGGUUCAAGAGAGCUCAGACCUUAUGGCCAAGACUCAAAAGCUUUAAAUUUUGGUAGAAAAUAA